AACGCCAGACGAGCCGAGCAGAGCCGCACCGAGCCGAGCCGAGUGCAGUGUGUUUGUGUGUGUGUGAUAGCCGUCAUCGUGUAGCUCGACAUGCGGGUCCGAACGUCGUCGUCGUGGCCUGUCGUGGGCGCGGCCGUGGACGUCUCGGGUGCCAUUCGCUAGGCCAGCCCAGGACCAGGGCUCCAGGCCGCGCCCGCGCGCCAGGCCCGCCAGGCCGGCUCACUCGACCGCCAGGAUGGUGGCGCGGUACUUGGGCGGCCCCGCGGGUCCCACGGGCCCCGCACACGGGCACGGGCACGCCCUGGGUGGACUCACCCGCGACGGCCAUGCUGUGAGCUGCUACCUGCCCCUUCACCCGCCCCACCCGCAGCAGCAACAAGCACCCCCGCCCCCGCACCACCACCACCACAACCACAACCAUCAUCACCACAAUCACCACCACCACCACCCGGUGCAGCAGCAGCAGCAGCCGCCCCCACAGCAGCCGCCGCCCCAGCAGCAGCAGCAGCAGCAGCAACAACAGCAGCAGGCGUUUCAGCUGCGCCUCAUCGGCAACGGGCCCGGAAGAGGCGGUGAUGUGUAUAUGACAACGGGCUAUCCGCCGCAGGCCGGCGGCGGCCCGGGCGGUGGUCCCAGCGGCGGCCCACAGAUGCGCGUCGGGAUGGGUAUGGCCAUGCAGCAGGCCUCGCAGCAGCAGGGCCCCGGUGGUCCCGGGGGCCCCGGGGGCCCAGGUGGUCCAGGAGGGCCGGCGCCUACCUCCACCCCUCCGGGUCAGGGGCACGUGGCCGCGGACCUCAGCAAGGGCUUGCACAUGCAGGGUCAGAUGCAAGCGAGCAUGCUGCCCUACCAGCCUGCGCCAAGACAAAAUGCUGCAAACUACAAUUUUCAACCAAGAGCACCCACACCACGGAUGCCAAACAGAAAUCAACCUGCGAUUUACACUAGCAUGGGCAGUUCACAGCCUAUUGUGCAAGGACAGGCUUUUGUGAUGCCUGCAAAUACUUAUGUGCAGGUCCCAAUCGGGUAUCGUAAUCCACCUAUGAAUUCUGGAGCCCCUGCAGCCUCCUAUUAUCCUAAUCAUCAGCAGCUAUUUAUUCAAGCUACAAAUAUGCCUAUUCAGCAAGGAUAUAUGUCUUAUCCUGUGAGGUCAGCACAAGGAGCAAUGAGUAUUCCACCACCACAGGGUCAACAAAAUCUGCAACCUUCAGCAUCCCACGGCCCUACCCAAAGUCAGAUAAUACCAGUUUCUGCUGCUAUUAUGCCUAAUGUUACCCCUCCAGCAUCCACUGGUGGUAAUUCAGUUCCUGCAGCUCAACCAAAGCGAAGGAAACAUGCUCUGGCUAUUGUAGACCCCAACAGUGGAAGGGAUGUGAUAGAGGAGAUGGAAAAAGAAGCCUCUGCUUCUGGUGGGUCUAGUAACAGGGAGACUCCUCAACCGGAGUCUUUGCAAAACCACAAUGUUGCAGCUGAGUUUGCUGAGAGAGUAGGAAAAGCUGCGAGUGAAGACUCAACCCCUUCAGCCCCUACUCAACCUCCAGACUUGUCUCAACCUAUGGGCAGUAUGAAUGGCCCUGCCCAAAAUGAGGCCAGCUCAGAUCCUACUAUUAGUCAAAACAGUUAUUUAGAUGAAAGUAGUAGCAUAGGAAAUUCCUGGAAACAGGGCGGACACAAAGGCCCUGUUGAAUUAGGUGAUAAACUCCAUGAUGCACAGCCUGUGUAUUUGUACCAAACUGUGCAAACUGUGAUACCCCCCUAUAGUGCCAAGGAUAUUCAUCAAGAAAUGUAUCCAACUGUACAACCCAAUAUUCCAACAGUUCCAAUUGUGGUGCAUCAUCACAUGCCUAGAACAAGUAAUUCCCUCGCUCUUAAUGAGCAGACACCAGUUGUCAGCGCCAACACUAAUGCACCAAGUGUUGAGGUUUAUAGAGCGGGGCGCGGGCAGCAGCAAUCAGGAGGUGUUGGUUCCUCAGGACACCCUGGAAGUCAUCAUUCUCCGCAGAAAAGGAAAACACGGCAAGAUAUCACAUCUGCUGCUGCAUCAAGUAACUCUUCAACUAGUGUUUCUAGCACAGACAGCAGUCACAAUGUUGAUAGCAAGAAGAAGGGAAGUCCAACUCCAGUCACUCAUGGGGCUGGCCCUAAGUCUCAGACUGGACAGACUGGUCAACAGAAAGAUGGCAAACGAGAAAAGGCCAGGGACAAGAACUCAGCACCCAAGGAAGUUCCCAAGGAAGCGGUUGUUGAAAAACCAUCACCAACUGAAAAAUCUGAGCCUGUUGCUGCUGCCACUACUACCACUGCUGCUCCCAAAGGCAAGAGUCCACCAGCUCCUGGUGUUUCACCUCAAAGCCCAGCGGCAACUCAGGCCACAGCCCCAGCCACCUCAAGUUCUAAGACCUCUCCAGUCACGGCUGCUCCCUCCCCGGCACCUGCCGUUGCAGCUUCUGCUCCAGCCCCAACUCCUGUGGCAGCUGCUGCUGCCACUCCAGCCCCAGCUGAUGGACCCGCACCAGCUGCUGCACCUGCAGUAGCUGCUGCAGAAGCGAAGGCCGAUAAGAGCGCGAAGCCCAAGUCGAGUACUGGCGAGCCAACAGCUGAACUGGAUGCUAAAACCGGCCGAAACAAAGGCAAGAAGAUGCGCGACCCGAACUCCAAGGGCACCGAGAAGGAGGGCUUCGACGUGGAGACGACGGCUGAGCCUGCCCUCCCUGAGGAGAGUUCUUCAGCUCCAGCCUCCACACCGAUGUCUGAGCCCGCCCCUGCCCCUGCUCCUCCGGCUCCGGCCCCGGCCCCGGCCGUCGAGGAGGCGGCUGCUGCGACUGCUCCUGCUCCCGCCCCUGCCCCCGCCCCCGCAGUGGCUGCAACAGAGGAGACAGAAAGUGCCGCGACUCCCAAAUCAGCUCCCGAACCAUCAGCUGAGCCAGCUGCUGAGGUUUCUGCAGAACCUGCUCCUGAAGCAGCAAUGCCGGAGCCGGUCCCUGCUGCGGCCUCGCCAGCGGUUGCUGCGCCAGCUCCUGCUGUAGCCAAUCCCAUUCCUACACCAGCGUCCGUUUCUGCCUCUUCGGGUGCCGGCUUCUUCUGCUUUAAUCCUCCUUUUGCUAUUCCUGCAACCCCUAUAAUUCUGCCCAAAACUACUUCCAACAAGGAGGACAAGGAAAAUGACAAGGAAGGAAAAUUAGUAGCUGCACGUAAUGAGGAGAACGCCAAAGUCUCUGGCAUGAAUGAUGAUGGAUCUUCUGAUAAAAGAAGGCAGUAUACUGCAGAUCAAUGGAGCCCUCAAAAUCCUGACGGCAAGAAGAAAUAUGAUCGCAAAUUUUUAAUGGAAUUGAGAAGUGACCCUCAGUCUCAGAAAAAACCAGAUGGCCUUCCAGAGAUAGAAGUAGUCCUGAAAGAUGGCAAUAAGAAAGCAAUGCAGAACAACUUUACCAACGAGUUCUCACCUGCUGGUUUCAUCAGCUCAAGGGGAUCGAGAGGGCCUCCUCCCAAGAGAAACAGCCAACAGGGUAACAAACCUAAACCUGGCAAACCACCUGUUGUUCAUCUAUCACUCUCACUGCGGGAAGAUGUCAAGCUUCAUGAGUCUGAAAAUGCAUGGAAACCUGGUAUUCUUGUUCCUAACCAAGACGAAUCAGAUGCUAAAACUCAGGAUCUUAACAAGAAAGUCCGGGGUAUUCUCAACAAGCUCACUCCUGAGAAGUUUGACAAGCUGGUUGGUCAAGUGCAAAAUUUGCCAAUUGAUACGCCUGAGAAAUUAACUGGCGUAAUUGAUCUUGUGUUUGACAAGGCUGUGGAUGAGCCAAGCUUUUCAGUAGCUUAUGCAAAGAUGUGCAGUGAACUGAGAACGAAAGAUGUGCAAGGUGCCUCUUUCCGGAAAAUUCUUAUUACUAGGUGUCAGCAGGAAUUUGAGAAAAAUAAGGAAGCUGAAUUGGCCCAGAGAGAAAUAAAACUCAAAGAAAUUGAGAAACAACCUGAUCCUGAAAAGAAAAAAGAACUUACACUUAUGUAUGAAGAAGAAGAAAGGAAAGUUCGAAUGAAAUCAGUUGGUAAUAUUAGGUUUAUUGGUGAACUGUACAAGCUAGGUAUGCUGACUGGAGCCAUCAUGUUGCGCUGUGUAAGUGCAUUGCUUCAGAAAGAAGAUGAAGAAUCUUAUGAAUGUCUUUGCAAAUUGUUAACGACUAUUGGCAAGAAGCUUGAGCAAGAACUUGGUGAUGUUUUGGGGCCGUUCUUUGACAAAAUGGAAGACUUGGCAGACAAGAAGAGAAGGGGAAGAAAUGUGUCCUCUCGAGUUCGAUUCAUGCUGCAAGACUGCAUUGAUCUUAGGUCUCACAAAUGGAUUCCCCGUCGAGAUGACUCAAAUCCUAAAACUAUGACUGAAAUUAGCAAGGAGGCAGAAAGGGAAACCCUUGAAACAAACCUGUUAUUGUCUCAACCAAACACUCCAAGAAAGGAUGACAGAGGUCGUAUGGGGGGCAGAGGAAUGGACUCAAGAGGAGGCAGAGGAGGUUCUAUGGCAUCUGACAAUGAUGGCUGGAAAACAGCUGCCCCAAGAAGCAGGCCCAUUGAUGUUAGCAAACUUUCUAAGGGUAUUAUCCUUCAGCCAGAAUCUUCAACCACUUUAGGAUCACCUUCUACAUUUAGUAAAUGGGGUGUUGGUAGUGGUAGCAGUGCAACCAGAGACCCCAAGUCCCUGAGGCCAAAUGUUAUCAGUAGCAACCCAUAUGGUGCACUCUCAGAGAAGCCUAUGUUUAAUAAUGCAGAUAGAAAAACGCCGCUAUCUGGGCCAGCCUCCAAAGAUCGUAGUAUGGGAGGUGAGAGGGGUCCCAGCUCACGCAGCAGUAGUCAACAUAGGAUGGGCUCUCAGCCAGCUUCCAGGGAUAGUUCUGUUGCCAGAGGAAAACUGGAAGAUGAGAGGAGAAACAGGGUGCCUACACCAUCCUCCCUCACAGAUUCUUCUCCGAGUGAUGACCAGCCCUCUGGAGAAGCACGUGGGGAAGGUCCUGUGUGUAAAAUCAAGAGGGUAGAAGAUCCCGCAGAACUAGAAAGAUUUACUAAGAACAUCUUUUUGGAAUUCCAAGGGCAUAAAAAUAUGGAGGAAGCGCAGUUAGCAGUUAUGGAUUACUUUGAUUGGACCAACAUAGGUGCUUUUAACCGUGAAAUUCUAACACUCACAUUAGACCAUUCUCAAGGUCAUCAGCUAGUUUCUCAAUUUUUAGCACAUCUUAUUAAAGUUAAUUAUAUGAAGAAAGAACAUUUCUUCUCUGGGUUUGCUGAAUUCUUAGAAUUGUGCCCAGAUCUUAUUAUUGAUUAUCCCAAACUUUGGAUCCAUGUAGGGGAUCUUAUUGGGCAUUUUCUUCUUACUGAGGCUGUGACUUUCAAAGAUCUAGCAGAACCUAUGAAAGUGCUCAAAGGCUCAAAGGAUGCUGGGCUGCUGCUCAAGAAUAUUAUUCAAGUUUUAGUUAAGGAAAGGGGUCCCAGCUGGAUCCGGGACCAUUGGGAAAAGUGCGGAGUCACAUGGAGUGACUUCCUAGCUGCUGAAGAUGUCUCAGACUUUGUUAAAGAAAAUAAAUUCGAAUCAUUCUCUGGUGGGGCGCAGGCGUCCAGAUCAGAGAUGACUCAAGCAGAGAUUCAGGCUAAAAUCCUGGAACUGCUUAGAUCAGAGGUUAGCUUUGAUGCUGUACAGGAAUGGAUACAGUGUAAUGUUGGGGACAGAACAAAGGAACCUGCUUUCAUCCGUGCUCUGAUGACAGCUAUUUGUAAAAAUGCAAUUAUCGCUCAAUCAAAUAAGUUGACAUUAAAUGAUGUAAAAUUAAGACAAGACAAACUACUGCUGCGGUAUGUUGACAAUAAGGAAGAUCUAGAACUUCAAUGUUUGUAUGCUGUUCAAGCAUUGAUCAUGCAAUUGGAUUACCCUCAGGGCCUUAUUCUAUCCAUUUUCAACACACUGUGGGAAGACAACUUAAUAUCUACUGAAGCUUUCUUAGCUUGGUUUGAAAGUAAUGAUCCCCAAGAGUCUGAAGGCAGAGGUGUCUGCAAAAAGAGCUUAGCAUCUUUCCAGACCCUUCUUGCUGAAGCUGAAGUUGAUGAAGAGGAGGAACAUCCUUGAUAUCAACUUUAUGUCAACUCCAUGUCAAGCAUACUUCUGUGCUCCAAUAUAUAUGAUGGACUCUGACUGAGCCGAAUGUGUGGAGUGAUAGUGUGUUUGCGUGUGCGCUUGGCACAGGAACAACAUGGAGGAUCUUUGAAGUCUGAAGGAAUAAACUGCCCUCAAGAGCAGUAGUAUUAGUGUCUAGUUCGUUUUCGAAACUAAAAUAUGACUGAUAUGGUAUCAUGUUUCUCAUGCUUUGAGAAUGCUUUUUUACUUUAUAAGCAGUUUUUUAACAUAGCAAAGAAUAUUUACUACGUAAUUUUAAAUGAUCGAUUCAGGAAUGACUGAGCAAGCGUGAUGGCUUCAGUAUCACUUGUUUUGGCGACCCACGCUCGCACCACAUUAACAAGCAGACCAACCUGAUUGUCUUUCCAUAACAUUUAUUUUCAACAUGGCAAAUGUUAUCCUUAACUUCAAAAGUGAAAAGGAAUAGGGCAUUAAUUGUUAUUUCAAGCAACUCUGAAUUGGAAUGAUAAAUGAAUCAAACUAAGUCCAUAUAAAUAUUAUUAUUAUUGCUAUUAAGAGAUUUAUCAUGCAGAGAAACUGGAGGUGAAAUUGAAUAAACAUAAUUGUGUAUUAUACUAUUAAAAAUGAAGUGUUGUUUUUGUUGAAUCAAGAACUGUGUAGCUUCAAGCUACAGUUUUGGUUGGGAUUAUUUAGUUUUGUAAAUUGCAGCAUUUGAAUAGGUGAACUUCGGCAUGUUAAUGAGAACAGAACAGUGGUCGCAGGAAAGUUGUUGUUUUGUAUGUAGAAAUAUGGAAAUGCUCGCAUCCAUUCUAUGUAAAUGACAGACUAUAUUUAUGGAUGAGACGUCUGGUUAUGAGGGAGUAGAAAUAUUAAAAUAUGGUGUACAAAAUGUGUUGGUUGUUAUUUGACCCUGAUGCCUUACUGUUUUUAGGCUUGUACCCAUUUCAUCAUUGUAAUCAUUGCUAAAGAAACUGAUGUAUUUGAAAUCUCAAUAAGAGCAUUUAAGUACUGUUUUGACCUAUUUUGUCAAGUUUUGACAUGUUUUGAAAGCGCUGUAUAUAAAAAAAAAUAUAUAUGUACAUUUCCAUA